GAGUUUUUAGUUUCGUAUCUCUAGCAUUAUUUGCAAUUGAAUCACUUGCUAUACACGUGCCAAACAGUUACAAGGAACCAUGGACCGAUACAGAAAAUAGAUUUUUCGAAGGGAAGAAAUGGGUAGUUUUAGUAGCCGGUUCGGAUGGAUGGCGCAAUUACAGACAUCAAGCGGACAUAUGUCAUGCAUACCAAAUAAUUCGAAGAAAUGGAGUACCUGAAGAAAAUAUUAUUACGAUGAUGGUGGAUGACAUUGCUUACCAUGAAAAGAAUCCAACACCGGGAAAAAUUGUUAAUCAGCCCAACGGUACGGACGUAUACAACGGAGUUGUUAUUGACUACAAAGGGGAGGAUGUGAACAGCACAAACUUCUUAAAGAUCAUCACCGGAGAUAAAGAGGCUAUGCAAUCCAUUGGAACUGGAAAAGUAAUUGAAGGAGGACCAAAAGAUAAGGUGUUCAUUAAUUUUGUCGACCAUGGUACAACAGGAUUAUUAGGUUUCCCAGACGAUUAUUUGUACGCUGAUCAAUUGAACGACGCUUUAAAAACUAUGUACGCAUCUGCAAGUUAUAAAAUGAUGUUGUUGUACAUUGAAGCAUGUAAGUCAGGUUCUAUGUUUGAUGGGAUACUCCGUGACAACACAAAUGUUUUGGCGGUAACUGCAGCAGGACCUAGGGAAAAUUCUUUUGGAUGUUAUUGUAGAAAUCAAUCUGGGCCAUACAAUACAUGUCUUGGAAGUUUGUUUAGUGUAACGUGGAUGGAAGAUUUGGAUGCGACGGUAUUUGAGUCUUCUGCGAAAAAGAGAACCGUUUUUAACGACUUCAAAGAGGUGAGAACCAACGUCACCAGAAGCAACGUUAUGGUAUACGGUGAUUUCAAAACGGGCCACGAAAAGCUUUCCGCGUUCAUAGGUUACAAAAACCCCAAUAAACAUUCCUCGGCCAAACCAAAAAUGACCAAAACAAUUGAUUCAAAGAUCACUGUGUCCAGUAGAGACGUGUACGAAAAUAGCAUACAACACAAAUUUGCGAACCAUAAGCUGUCAGAUUCGGAGAGACGACAUUUGUCAACGGAAUUACGUCUGAACAACGAAAUGAGGUUGAUCAUCGACAGAACACUUUGGAACAUUUACUCGAUGGUUGCGAAGGCUAGACCAGAAAUCAUGAGUAAAGUUGGCGACUUUGACGAACCCAAUAAUUUAGAACUCUCGUUAGACAUAUUCCCCUGUUACAGAAGUAUUCUAAAUAAAAUCACAGAGAGCUGCUUUUCUUUGCCACGAAAUCCUUACGCUUUGGAUCGGUUGACGAUUUUCGCAAACUUGUGUGUUGUCGAUAAACACAUACACCAGAUGGUCGAAAAAUUUGUCGUUGCAUCGUGCUCAAAUAUUUCAAAACAACAUAUUAUAAGAAACGUACACUAAAAUCGUAUGGAAUAUACGUAGCAGUAUUCACCUACGUGACAAUUAUGCGUAUAAUAGAUAUUAAUAUAAUAAUAUAUUAUACUAUUAUAUAAUAUGAUUUAAAAUAUGAUUAC